AUGGAGACAGAUCGCAGUUGGAUGUACAGAAGCCACACAAACGGGUUACUAACCACAGGGUACAAGGAUCAUGUGAAGGAGUUUAUCCGGUUUGCAUUACGGCAUCCGAUUUGUAUGAGUGGGGUACAGAUAAAAUGCUCCUGCCCUAAGAGAGGUUGUCGAAAUACAAGCUAUCGGGAUGUCGAUGAGGUGGAAUUCCAUUUAUUGAAGAAUGGGUUCGUGAAAGGUUACCAAUUAUCAGAGCAGGAUGUUGAGUUCGACUAUGAAAAUGAGGGGCCAGGUGAGUUCAGUUCCACUCAAAGAAUGAUUCUUGAUGCGGCCGGUCCAGAAAUAACGUUUCCUGAAGAUGAGCUCCCGAAUGCUGAAGCUCAAAAAUUUUAUGAUAUGAUGCGUGCGGCUGAAGAAGACAUAUGGCCUGGGAAUAGCAGACACUCUCCAUUUUCUGCAUCUGCUAAAGUGAUGGAGAUCAAGUGUCGACAUAAGGGUUCAGUAGCUUUAGUUGACGACGUAUGCGGAUUGAUACAGGAGCUGCUCCCGGAGGACAACAAGAUGCCUACGAAUUUUGCUAAAAUUAAGAAGCUGGUCAAAGGUUUGGGGUUGCCGGUUGAGGUUAUUGACAGUUGUUUCUAUAAUUGUAUGAUUUAUUGGGGGGAGGACGCGGAUCUAACGCACUGCAAAGUUUGCAAUUAUGCGCGGUGGAAACCUGUGACCCACGGAAAAUCCACAAAAAGAAAGGCUAACGUGCCAUAUAGUAAGAUGUUCUAUUUUCCAAUAACUCCGAGGCUACAGAGGUUGUACGCUUCGAAAACAACUGCUCGGCAUAUGACGUGGCACGCAGACCACGAGAUGGAUGGUGAUAAGAUGUGCCACCCGUCCGACUCUCCGGCUUGGAAACGUUUUAGUGAACUGUAUUCUGAGUUUGCCGAUGAAGGAAGAAAUAUCAGAUUAGGCUUAUGCUCCGAUGGGUUUCAGCCAUUUACCAAUUUUGGGCAGCAGUAUUCCUCGUGGCCGGUCAUUUUGACGCCGUACAAUCUCCCCCCAGGCAUGUGCAUGAAGGAUGAGUUUAUGUUUUUAACGGUUUUGGUACUGGGGCCUAGAAACCCGAAACACCUAAUGGAUAUCUUCCUAAAGCUGCUGAUUGCAGAGUUGAACCAACUGUGGGAAUGUGGAGUCCAGACAUAUGACGUUCAUAAGCGUCAGAAUUUUCAACUAAAAGCGGCUCUUAUGUGGACAAUAAAUGACUUUCCCGCUUAUUCUAUGUUGUCUGGUUGGAGCACUGCUGGUAGAAAAGCAUGCCCGUACUGCAUGGAAAACACCGAUGCAUUCACACUGGAUAAAAGCGGUAAACAAUCGUGGUUUGAUUGCCAUCGCAAGUUUUUGCCUCCGAAUCACCAAUUCCGUCGAAAUGUUACUGAUUUCCGUAAGGGGAAACGAGAGGUCGGCAAAAGGUUUGCAGGGGUGAGAACUGGAGAUGAACUGUUAGCAGAGAUUGAUCGACUGGGGUUUAAGAAGGAAUUUGAGCCUGGUGCGAAAGUUACUAAUGCAUUACUGUCAAAAGAUCAUGGGUGGAAUAAAAAAAGUAUCUUUUGGGAUUUGCCUUAUUGGAGAACGAAUGUAAUACGUCACAAUAUUGAUGUCAUGCACAUUGAGAAAAAUGUCUUCGAUAACAUUUUUAAUACCGUUCUCAAUGUCCCUAGGAAAACAAAAGACCAUGCAAAAUCUCGUGAAGAGUUGAACGACAUCUGUGAUCGGCCAGGGUUAGCUAAAGAUCCGGCAACUGGGAGAUUUCCAAAGGCAAUGUAUGCUUUGGAUAGGGAUUCAAAACGAGUUUUGCUUGAGUGGAUUCAGAAAAUAAAGUUUCCAGACGGGUACGCGUCAAACUUGUCUAGAUGUGUUGAUCUAAAGGGGCUGAAAAUGCAUGGAAUGAAAAGUCAUGACCGCCAUGUUUUUAUGCAACGACUUCUGCCAAUCGCUCUUCGGGAGCUACUUCCGAAGAACGUGUGGGAGCCUCUAACAGAGUUAAGUAUCUUCUUCAGGGAGUUAACUUCCACGUCACUGUCACAGGAAGAUCUAAACCGUAUGGAAACUGAGAUCCCAAAAAUCCUGUGUAAGUUGGAACGUAUAUUUCCACCCAGCUUUUUUGACUCUAUGGAGCAUCUCCCCGUGCAUCUUCCGGUGGAAGGGAGCAUUAGUAGUGGAUAUCUGCAAGAAGAAAUCGCUAAAUUUGCAUCCUAUUAUUUUGCUGAAGGUGAUCCGAUGUUACCCGUGCGUUUGGGAAGAAAUGAAACUUCUGAUAUGGAUAUCGAUGAAGAUCCCGACAAACUGGGAAUUUUUAAACCUAAGGGAAAGCCGUUGCGUGGUAGCGGUAGAAGAUAUCUUGAAGACGAUGAGAUCAUCGCUGCUCGGACCUAUGUUCUUCUGAAUUGUUCCAAAAUCGAAGAUCAUCGAAAGGUUUUUGUGGCCGGAUUGCGCGAAAGGAACAGUGACAUAAGUGAAACAGAAAUUGAAAGAGUGCUUGAAAGUGAUUUCGCCUCUUGGUUCGAACAAUAUGUGAAAGAUCCAACUGUCUGUACUAAUCCGUUUAUUCUGAGUCUCGCAAAGGGACCGUGUAGAAAGGUCACCACAUAUAAGGGAUACUAUGUAAACGGCUUCAAAUUUCUUACUCAGGAAUAUGGGCAGGAUCAACUUACAAUGAAUAGCGGUGUCUGCGUACGGGGAACAGAAUAUGUUGAGGGUGAAAAUGACUUUUAUGGAGUGCUAACUGACAUAAUUGAGUUAGAGUAUCCAGCUCUACCAAUGAAGCAUACCGUCAUUUUUAAAUGCGAAUGGUUCGACCCUACGGAUACAGGCACGGACACUACCAAUCGAUACAACUUGGUAGAUGUUAAUCACAGACGCAGGUACAAUAAAUACAAACCGUUCAUUUUGGCAGAACAGACUGACCAAGUUCACUACCUUCCAUAUCCAAGUAGAAAACGGGACAAAGUAAAUUGGUGGGCAGUUUGCAAAAUUAAGGCACGAGCAGAACUUGACAUGCCCGAUGCGAUUAUCCCGGCCUUUCAAGAGGACAUUGAAGAAAAUCCCCUUAUAGUUGAAACGGACGACAAUCCCACAAAUUUAGCUGACCUGAAUGAGGUAGCGGACGAAGAUGCUUUUUGUAUGAGAGGGGUGGGUGGUUCAGGUGAUCCGACUGGAGGUCGGGGACGUCGGGGUAACCCAGCUAGAGGUCGGGGUCGGGGUAACCCAGCUAUGCGUGCCCUUGUUGAGGAUAUCCCUAUUCAGGAUCAGCAGCAGGAGGGAGAGGCUGUUUAA